AUUGCUGCGAUUGCCCCUUGUAGUGCACGUAGGGGGCGGGGGCCGUUCGUCAUCCUGCUGCUUUUAACUCUUCCUGUGCCUUGGCCCCGUAUCCUUUGCGGAGGGAUUGCUCAGCGUCCUUGCCAAGCCCUGGAAGGCUUUCCUGAAAGUGCCUCUGAGUGGGAAGGCGUAGGGAGGGGAGGCGAUGCUGCUCGGCUGGCUGAGUGAAACCGUGCUUGGUGUCGCCAGACCUGCUGGGUGUAGCUCUAGCAAUCCUAACAGGUUUUGCUCUAUCUGGAACCCGAAGAAUCUUUAUAUUGGAAUAAUGUCUGGUCUAGUAUAUUUGUGACCUUCACUGGUACAUCAGAAGUUCAACAACUUGAUCGUGAAUGUGAUCCAGUAACAUAAUAAAUCUUCAAUGGCAUUGUCCUGUGGCAAUUUUUCAGUUCCAAGAGUGCUGUAAAUAGGAGCUGUGUUCAAGAGUUUCUUCAGUAUGCUAUUGCCAUCAAUCAAAAUGCAGACAAAAAUUCAGCUGGCCUAUAAGACAUGCUUGAUACUGAAUCGCACCUGUAUCUUUCCAUACUUAAAAGGACAGCCUUCCUUACCUGCAACUAAACAGAAGACGAUUUCUCUAGCUCUGCGUUUCCCACACCAGUGUCUACAUGCAUCUGCUGCUGCUUGUGUUUCCAAGAAAGGAGAAUUUUUGGACAAGGCAUCAUCCCAGCCAGAAGAUCCUCACAAUAAAGAACUAAAGAGAGAGAUUUCUCUUACAUCAGGAAGUAACACAGAACAGAGAGGCCAUCGAGAACCAAAUUCCAUAGAGCUUGAUCCCUUACAAGACAAAUCAAUUAGUCUUGUGCAGAGAUUCAAGAAAACGUUUAAACAGUAUGGCAAAGUUCUAAUUCCAGUGCAUCUUUUGACUUCCAGCAUAUGGUUUGGCACCUUUUACUAUGCAGCUUUAAAAGGAGUAAAUGUCGUUCCUUUCCUUGAAUUCAUAGGAUUUCCAGAAAGCAUUGUCAAUAUUUUAAAACAGUCUCAGAGUGGAAAUGCAUUAACUGCAUAUGCAAUGUAUAAGAUUGCAACGCCAGCCAGAUACAUGGUGACUUUAGGAGGAACAUCUAUCACUGUGAAUUAUCUUCGUAAACGGGGCUACAUGUCCACACCACCUCCAGUGAAGGAAUACAUUCAAGACCGAAUGGAAGAAACAAAGGAGCGACUGUCGGGGAAGAUGGAGGAAACAAGAGACAUGAUUAGUGGCAAAAUGGAAGAAACAAAAGAAAGACUAACUGGGAAAAUGGAAGAAACAAAAGAGAGGAUAACAGAAAAGAUACAAGAAACCAAAGAAAAGGUUUCAUUUAUAAAAAAGAAAGAAUAGGAAAAUGGCAUAGUCUAAGCAUUCUUGGCCUUUAAGAAAUCUGGACUAUAUACUUUUUUGUUUCUGCUUUGUUUGAAAUAUUUUGGCUGAGUAGAAAAUACCAGUAAUCUAAAAACAUAGUACUUAAGGAUUAUAUCUUCCUUCUUAAAAGUAUCACAUUUUAUUCAGAUAGCAUGUGGCAGAUACCACAGCAACAGCUAUCUUCACAGUCAUGUCCCAGAGGGUUGUGCAGUGGUGCUCCCUAGUUAUGGUCAUUGGUCAUGUCUGGAUGUAUAUGAAGGAAAAAGGUUUUUUACGCAUCUGACUGAGUGACCCUUCAAGCUAUCACCACCCAUCAUCCUGCAACAAAGAACUAGAAAGGUUAGGUCAUGUAUUACAUGUCAGUGUUGAAUGAUGCUGGCAAUAUUUGCAAAUCAUUUAAUCUUAAUAUUCUAGAAAGAUCAGGUAAUAAUAAAACUCACAUUCUAUUCCAUUUCCUUACUAAAGCUUGGUUUAAUAUAGUGUAUAAGAUUGAGUAAAACAGUACUGAACAGUACUGAACUGGAUUGCAUAUUUAUAGUUCAAAAUAGAUAUUGAUUCUCCUACAAUUAGGCUAAAAUAAGCGUUGAAUUUCAUGCCACUGAUAAAGCCUUUUAAAAGGGAUGAAGCAGAUCUGUCUUCGUGCAUGGCAUAGAUGUUUGCACCUCAAUAACUUUUGUCAGAGAGAAAAAUAAUACCCUUUGCAAAGAAGAUGUUUGUAAUAUUUUCACUAGAGUCUAAACUUCAAUAUCACCAUGCUGUGGAUUAAUCUCAGUAUUUUUCUGGUCCAAAUUUACUGCCAGUAAUCUCCAUUGUUUUGUCGUUUCUGUGACAGUCGCUCAGCCCAAACCACUAUAUGGUAUUUCAGUUCCUCUGUGGUGAAUAUAUAGGUUGGAAAUGUAAAGGACCACUACAUCAGGAGCUGGGCCCCUGAACUCCCAGUUACUCAGACAUCCUGUUGUGCAUAGGCAGCUGCUUCUGUUGUGACUGAAGGAAGCAUGGGAGGGAGGGGGUUGCAACUAAAACAGUUUGGCCAGUUUGCAGUCCAGCUAGAUUAAUACUGUAUGAAAUGGAAAUUGUCUAUCUCUAGGCUUGCUUCUGUCAUUUAUGUUUGCCAUUAGUUAGCAUCAUAUAGGCCCUUUUCAGGAAAGGAGUAAAAAAAAAAAUGAUCCAGGUAGCACCUGCAAAUCUAAUGCUGGAAUCUAAUGCCCUGCAUACCUUUGAGGAAUCCACUUAGAAAAGUGUAUUUUCUUCUUUGGCAGUAGCAUUUAGAACUAAGUAUGACAGUCUGCAGAAUAUUAUAAUGGAGUUAAGUACUGCCUUUCAAUAGUCAGUUCAAAGCUUGAAAGAAACAGUGUAGGGUUCUCAUUUAAGUUGGAAACAUGAACCACUCCCCAAUUUGCUUUCCAGUUCUUUCCAUGAUUGUAGAAACCUUAACACCUCAUGCUUUCAUAGUCUUGCUCUUGUUAAUUCCAACUGCUCACCAUGCAGUUUCAAACCAAUAAACUUUCUGUGGACCUGUCAUAGGUUGUUGAUACUCUUUCCACUCUAAGUACAUCCUGUCAUUUAACAGUGCUUGUCACAGGAGUGCUUACUCUUUCUCAUCAGUGAGAAACUUGGUGGCUUAAACAAUCCUGUAAGAUAAUCCCACGAAGUUUGUAAUAUAUCUUUUUCUUGUUCCUAUAAGGGAAUUUCAUGUACAGAGCUACAUGGCAGGUGAUUCUUAUUUUCUUACUGCGCAAAACAAGUUUUUGUUUUCAUUUGUACAACUGUAGUUGAUUUUUUUAAAAGUUGCAUGGGGGUUGAAGGUGGAUGACAUUUUACCAAAUAUUCAGAGAGCUGGAGAUGAUAUGCCAUAAGCAUCUGCUACUGUAGUUUGUCUUAUUGUCCAAACCCAGGAACCAUGGCUUGUUGGAGGGGCAAGUAAACCUCCACUAUCUCAUGGCCCAUGGUUGGAUUAUGUAAGAGUUGCUAGCAUUACCUGUGAGAGUAAUUAAGGGAAUUCAGUAUGCAUGUGUCACAGGAAAAAUAAGCCACCAUGGUGUAUUUCCCAAAAGAAGCAUGUUAAAAACUUAAGCUGUUAGAUGGGAAUUUCAUGUUAACUUCACCUAGUACAGAGCAUAUGUCUAACCAAAAAAGAAGAAUGGCACAAUGGGAAAUAGUGAGAGGAUUUUAGCCUAGGAAUAGACAAUACUAAGAUAACUUUCUCUUGCUUGGAUCGUCACUUUAAAGUCCUUUUAUAAAGAAGGUACUCUGAUUGAAUGGAACUAUCAAUAAAAUGAAAUAUUUUUUCUUCCA